AAUUGCAGCCGCGUUGGUGGAGUUGUGGACUCGAUGCCUGGGCCGGUUGAGUUUGUUCCAACGUCUAGUGUCACGUUGAAUGGGCCAGGAAUUUACACGUGGCCCUAGUGGCCCUAGCCCAAUAUCCGUCCCUAGUCGGCACGAACGCGGGCACGCGGCGGAGGCAGCGCUCAGGCCUCAGCGACGGCGGCCGGCGGGGCAGUCCCAGGCUCGGCGGCGGCGUCAGCAGCUCCUCCUCCCGCCUCUCGCCAGUCGCCUCGCGCCCUCGCUUCCGUCCUCCGCACACCGGCCGGCGACCCUGCUGCCUCGGGUGGGUUCUGAAAUGGACGAAGCUGCAGAUUCCUCCGAACUGCUUCGUCGCGUCGAGGAGCUCCAGCGCGAAAAGGAUGAAAAACAGAAUUCUUUGGAAGUAUUGUUACGACGGGUUGAAGGGCUACAAUAUGAGAUGGAUGAAAAAGUAGAUCUUGUUGAAGUGUUAACUCGUCGAGUUGAAGAUCUCCAGCGAGGUAAGAAGCGUGAUGCACUCAGAAAAGAUAUUGAGCAAUUAUGUAUGCAACAAGCUGGCCCUGGUUAUGUUUCUGUUGCAACUCGAAUGCUUACUCAGAGGACAGCAGCUUUGGAACAGGAUAUUGAGAACCUCCAGAAAAAGUUAGGUGGUUGCUUAAGAGAGAAUCAAAAUUUGCAAGAGGAGCUUGCUGAAGCUUAUCGAAUUAAGAGCCAACUUGCUGAGCUACAUGGUGCUGCGCUAUCAAAGAACAAGGAUCUAGAAAAGCAAGUAAGAUUUUUCCAGAGCAGUGUUGCUCAAGCUUUUGCUGAACGGGACAGUUCAUUAAUGGAGUGUGAGAAAGCAAAAGAGCGGGAGGAAGCAGUGUCAAGAAAGUUUGCUGAUUUUGAGGAAAGGAUGAGAGAAUAUCAAUUAGCAAUUGAUGAACAGAAACACUUAAAUGAUGACUUGCAGAGGGAACUGACAGAACUGAAGGCGCAUACAGAAUUGUCCUUGAAAGUUAUUCUAAAAUUCUAUGACCUUCGUUGCAGAGACUCUGAAUGUUCUUCAAGCGUUACUUUUGAAGAGAAGUGUUCAAUCCUUCUAGAUGAUUGUGCUGACAAUUGGAGUUUUUGCUCUGAUGGCGGAACCUCAACUUUGAAGUACAUUGCAUCUUUAGAAGCGGAGAAAGAGUCACUUAAAGCUAAAAUAUCAAAGCUGCAAAGCAACUUAAGGAUGGGCCUUGAGAUUGAACAGCAUUUGCAAAGAAAUGCACGCAUAUUAGAGAAAAGACAGGCACUGUAUGAUGGAUUUCUAAGAAAUGGAUUGUCAGAACUUCAAAAGUUCUACACAUAUCAAAAGGCUGAAAUUAUGAAAAUAUUGGAAGAAGAAUCAUCGCAGUUGAUCAAAGUUGUUGCAGGGAUUCAGGAUAAGCUAACUGAAAUUUGCAUCAACACUGAAGUUAAUGAACAUCCUGCCAAUGAGAUUCAAUGUUGUGACAGCAGUUGUAAAGAUGUGCAUGUUACUACAGAUAUCAGUCCUAGCACAUGUCCUAAGAGUGAUUCUCCUGCUGAUCUUAACUCCGUGUCGUUUGAUGAAUCUAAAGCACUUGCACAAGCCUUACAGGAGAAGAUGGAAGCACUUAUGCUCUUCUCACAGGAACAAGAAAGAUACCUAUUAGAAAAACAGAGAGACCUGAUUGUUAUUGAGGAACUCCAGAAGAACUUAUCUCAAGUUAAAGAUGAAAAGGUGAAGAUCCUGAUGGAAUUAGCAAAACUGAAAGAACAAUAUUUGCUAUUGCAGGGCAGCUCUGCUGUGAAGGAAGGUCAUGAUACUGGUGAUUCAUCUAAAGUCAUUCCUGGGCAGCAUGACCAACAAGGGAUGCUGAAGACUAUGCUGAAGAGGACAUCUUUAAGACACUGGAUGAGAAAAGAAAGUAGUACUAUUGGACAUGGGAGCUCUGAUGGAAAUGAUCAUACAGUUUGCAAAGAGCAUUCAGUGGAUGUUGCAAGGUUAAGAGUUGAAAAUGCUAUGCUUCUUGAAGGUGUUGGUACUGUUGAGCGUCUCACUUCUUCAGUGCGUAGACUGCAUAUUGUGCUUUUGAAGGCUUAUGAUGAUAUCAAGUCAGCUGAUUCUUUGGAGAGUACGUUCGAAGCGCUCAACAGUCUUAUAACUGAAGCAAACCUUAUGAAGACAGCUCUUAAUGUGGUUCUUCCAGUAAGCUGGUCCGGGGAUUCAUCAGAUGCAAUUACAUAUGAAGCUCUGUGUGAUCCGUCUGAUUCACCCAAAUCAAAGUCCUGGAAAGUAGAUCCACUCUCUUCUGCAGGCAUGGAGAUGGUGGAGCUACUAAUAUUGGCUGCUGAGAUUCUCAAGGAGAGCUUUCUGGUGAAGAAAUAAGGCCUCCAUGUAAGAACGAGUCUGGCUCUCCUUGUUUGUUUAGAAGCAUGCAAUUUAAUCCUUAAAUUAAUUUUUGGGUGUAUAUACUUAAAACUGAUUGCUAAAAGUGCACUAGUAGAUUAUUUCGGAUGUAGAGAAAAAGCCAAAUGUGUUCUGUAAUUUAGGGUUCGCUGAUAUUGCUGUGUCCUGUGUUGGUACAGUAAAGGGUUAAAGACUUAAGAACCCUGUGUGCAAAAUUCAGUUUACAAGCAAAGAUCAAAGAUAGAUGGAUGUUUGAUAUGCAUCUGAAGUCUUCGGUAUACAUAUAUCAAUAGUUUUUUAGAGGAUGUCAUCAUCAUUUGAUAUUACAUAGGUAGAUUGUGAAUUGGGCUUAAUUCAGUGGGUUGGUUUCUUGUGGAAUUUGCAUAUUGUUUAGCCUCAAACAGGCACGGGUGAUUGUAUUUUUUCCAGAUUUAUUUUAGAAUUUAACGACAUCUUCCAGUGAUUUCUGUUGGAGACCCCUAUGACAAUUUUAUUUUCUUGA